UUGAGGUAUAGUAAAAUAUACUUGAUUUACUGUCAUAAUUUUUACAUUACAAUAUUACAAUUCAUUGAGAAUUAGAAUUUCUAAGUAAAAUUUUAAAUAAAUACACAAUUAAUUCAUGUAUAGAAUGAACUGAGUGGGAACAGUAAAUUUUAUUAGAUAUUUUCUCAUAUAAUUUAACUGUUUUAAAGUCAUUGCACAUAAAGCUAAAAAUACUGAGUAAUUUUAAUCUAAAAUCUUAGCACCUUCACAUCCGCGUCACUAACCGGAAAGAAGGAGAAGAUCCGCGGUUCCGUGUGACUCACAUGCCCGCGUUUUUGAACGGAGACGGACGGUUGCGAAUGCGAUUGCCACACGUGCGGUUGGGAUUGUCACACGAGGAUGCAAAGUUAGUGUGUAAGGUUGACUGCACUUCGGAAAUCUCCCAGAUGCAUGGUAUUCAACCCUGCUAAGUCUCUGAUAAUGUCUGACUGCACUCAACUACGUGUCAUCAUUGAUGAGACUACAGUUCAUAAAUUAACCCUUCCACAUGGAUUCCCUGGAACUGUAGAUGAACUUUUGGCAGCUACACUGGAUUGUUUUCAACUCCAGGGAGAUUUCACUGUCAUGUAUAUGGACAAAGAUUUUGAUCAUCAGUUCUUCACUCUUACAUCAACAGACCUGUUAAAGGACAAAGACACAAUCAAACUAGUUAAAAUAGAACCUUCUGUUAUUCUCACAUUGACUCCUGUCAAUGAAGCUGCUGAUUCAUCACCUUCAGUGUCACUCAGUCAGUCUUUCCAGGAUGACAGUUCCUCAGCUAGUUCAUCGGACACCAUUAUUUUGCAACAGCCUCCAGAGUAUCGAUCAGAAGCUUGGCCAACUAAUUUUGUGAUACCCGGCUUUUCGUAUAAUGUCGAAAUUCUCCUUCAGAAAGCAAAUGAGGUUUUUAGAAGUGAUGGAACACUUCUUAAUAAUCCAAGUAUUACCUCUGGUGUGCUUGAGAAGCUUGCAGAAGAAAUAUUCCGCUACACUGCCUAUCCUACUGGGCUUCAAAUUGAGGUGGUUGUAGAAGCUCUGUUGAAGAAGCAUCCUUGUCUGAGGGAGCCUGGUACCUCAUGUUCAGGAAUGUAUGGGUGGCAGCAGCGUCUUAAGUAUAAGAUGGCCAAUUAUCGUUCUAAGUUGAGAAAGCGUGAAGUACCUUGUCCCGAGCUUGACAUUAACUCCUUAAAAAGGAAAUUACCUGGUGAGCAAACUCCUGCAAAGAACUGCAAAAGACCGAAGAGAGCGGAAGUAAACUUCCUACCCCCACAUCCAAAUGGAGAAAAUGUUGAUAGCCUUGAAAUGGAGAGGCAGGAGCUUCUCGACGACGAGGUAAAAAAAGAACAACCAUAA